GACCUAUUCCCUGCUGCACUGUGACACUGAAGCGCAGCAGCAGGUGCCGGGUGCUGGGCCCAGGCUGCCUCCCACCCUGCAGCCCAGAGCCGGGCUCCUGCAAAGACCUGCCACCCCUGAUCCGAAAGGGAAGGAAACACCACUGGAGACACUAUGCGUGAGUGCAUCUCUAUCCAUGUUGGUCAGGCUGGAGUUCAGAUAGGAAAUGCAUGCUGGGAACUCUUCUGCCUGGAGCAUGGCAUUCAGCCAGACGGCACCUUCAAGGAUCUGCAUGAUCAACUCAACUAUGAUGACUCUUUUACUACAUUUUUCAACGAAACAGUCACUGGGAAACAUGUGCCACGGGCUGUAAUGGUGGACUUGGAACCAACUGUAGUAGAUGAAGUGCGGGCUGGUACCUUCCGGGAACUUUUUCAUCCAGAACAGCUGAUCACUGGAAAGGAAGAUGCAGCUAACAACUAUGCCCGUGGCCACUACACCAUUGGCAAAGAAAGCAUUGAUAUGGUGCUUGAUCGUGUCCGUAAGCUGACUGAUGCCUGUUCUGGACUGCAAGGAUUCCUGAUCUUCCACAGCUUUGGUGGGGGUACUGGCUCUGGCUUUACCUCCUUACUGAUGGAACGCCUCUCUGUGGAUUAUGGAAAGAAGUCCAAAUUGGAGUUUGCCAUCUACCCAGCUCCUCAGGUCUCCACCGCUGUGGUGGAGCCCUACAAUUCUAUCCUGACCACACACACCACCCUGGAGCACUCAGACUGCGCCUUCAUGGUGGAUAAUGAAGCCAUCUAUGACAUCUGCCGCCGAAACCUGGACAUUGAACGCCCCACCUACACUAACCUCAAUCGCCUCAUCAGCCAGAUUGUCUCUUCCAUCACCGCCUCGCUGCGCUUUGACGGUGCCCUCAACGUGGAUCUGACAGAGUUCCAGACAAACCUGGUGCCCUACCCACGCAUCCAUUUCCCCUUGGUGACCUACGCCCCCAUCAUCUCCUCUGACAGAGCAUAUCACGAGCAGCUUUCGGUGGCUGAAAUCACCAGCUCCUGCUUUGAGCCCAACAACCAGAUGGUGAAGUGUGACCCAAGACAUGGGAAGUACAUGGCCUGCUGCAUGCUCUAUCGUGGUGAUGUAGUUCCCAAAGAUGUCAAUGUAGCAAUUGCUGCCAUCAAGACCAAGAGAACUAUCCAGUUUGUUGACUGGUGUCCAACAGGCUUCAAGGUUGGCAUCAACUAUCAGCCUCCUACAGUAGUUCCUGGUGGAGACCUAGCCCAAGUUCAGCGAGCAGUCUGCAUGCUGAGCAACACCACAGCCAUUGCAGAGGCUUGGGCAAGGCUUGACCACAAGUUUGAUCUGAUGUAUGCCAAGAGAGCUUUUGUGCACUGGUAUGUGGGUGAAGGCAUGGAGGAGGGAGAAUUUGCAGAGGCACGAGAGGACCUGGCUGCCCUGGAGAAAGACUAUGAAGAAGUGGGAACUGACUCAUUUGAAGAAGAAAAUGAUGGGGAGUAAUUUUAAAAUACACUUUGUUC